AUGCCGGCCUUAGUUGCCGUCUGCUCCAAAGGUGUCGCCAAGGCGGGCAAGUCCGUUUUCAAGUUCCAGGGCAAAGAUUACGACGUCAAACUCGACAAGCCGUUGGAGACCAAGGUCGAUCGAGGCCCGUCCAAGCCCACGAGCAAAGCACCAGAUAAGCCCGCAAGCUGUAAGGGCAAGCGACUCGAGGCUCGCGUCAACCUCCGCAACAAGGACAUCACACGCGUCAUCACUCAGGGACCUGCGAGACAGGAAAUUGUGCGGAGGACCUGCUACGGAGACACCCACGGCCAGGCCUGCUACCAUUACAAGUCCGUCAUCGAUCGCGACAAUAAGCUCAGCAGGCUCACGUGCCCGGGCCAAAAGAUUGGGGAGGCGUUGCGUCCGGUCGUCGGCUCCUACAACAAGCAGCACAACACAGACUGGAGCAGCGGCUGGCUACAGCAGGACAAUCUCGUUUGCCAACGCGACGAGUACCCUCCCGCCGACAUCUGGCGCAGCCGCGACGACAAGGCGGUGUGGAUCCGACUGCUGCCCCAGGCCAGCAACGGAGGCGCGGGACAGCUGUUCGGCGGGUGCCCGGAGAAGCAGGCCGAGGAGCUCAUCCACGAGGGCUUCCACACCACGGAGAACGUCGGGUGCCGCGUCGUCACCAUCACCACGCGCCGCGUCCGGGCCGUGGAGAAGGUCAUUGAGCUCAACUUUGAGCGCAUGGGCGGUAUGCCGGCCGACUACGGCAUCGAGGAGAACCCGUGCUGGCCCAAGACACUCAACAACAACGACCCCGGCUUCGCGCUGCUCAACAACGACGACUGGUACAAGGGCGCGGGCCGCGCGCAGCAGCGCGGGUACCGGCAGUACUACUCCAAGGCGCCGACGGACAUGUUCACCCUGGACGCGAACGGGGUGGCGAAGGUGAACAUCCACAAACGCGGGUGGACGCCACCCCGGAAGCGCAAGGCGGACGAGGUCAAGAGGCGGGAGGUGGACCCGCUGGACAUUGUCGUCAGCGAGGGCAACACCACGCGCCAGCCGACGGAGGAGGAGCUGCUGGAGGACUUUGGGCUGGUCCGGUGCAGGGACGGGUCCUGCGAGAAGGAGAUGCACGACCUCGGGUACGCGUCUCUGCCGGUGUCGGGCAUGAAGCCGACGUCGCCGCCGGAGACGGAGGCGUCAACGACGAUGGCGGUGGCCCUGCCGACGUCCCUGUCUGGGGUGCUGGCGACGGCGGCCGACGUUGCGAAGGCGGCUGCUGCGGUCAUCACCGCGGCCCCGGAGUAG